UAUUACGUAAUAUCUUGUGUCAUGCACGUUUGAGUGUGUGGUGUUUUGCUCGAUCAACAGCAACUACUGAGAGAUGACGGAAAACAGCCACAUAUUCAUCAUUUUAAAGUGUGUAUUUUGAUUAUUAUUAUUCAAAUAGAUCAUUUUUAAGCGCCUAAACAAUCUAUGCAGGCUGGGUAAAACAUAAUAAUAAUAAUCACUGUUCUAGUUAAAGCUUUCACAUCCAGUAUAAUGCAAUCCAGAACCAAGGGUUGUAGGAAUAAUAAUAGAUUAGGUUGGCACCUACAGAUGUUAUUAAUAUCACUACAGACACUGCAUUAUGUACACAAACGAUGAAUUUAUCGAGAUCUUACACCAAUAUUCCAGCUAGAUUAUCUAGCCAAAAUAAAAUAAUGAAUGAAUGGAAUCGAACGAAUAAAAUAAAAUUAUUUUAAGAUUCAUUUAAACUUGUCACAAAGCACAAAUGAGGUUUAAAGUGAAUUUUUUUUUUACAUUAAAUGGUUUUAACAACUGAUUUAAAUGUAAAGUAUAUGUUGCAGCGGAUAACUGCAUUUAGAAUUAGAGCCAAAGUUGGUGCAUUGGAAUAUAAAGCACACAAAAAAGCUAAAAAAAACGCCGAAAAUCCUCAACAAUGAUUGAAGGUUGAAUGUCUUGUUUAUUAUUUUGUUAAAAGAUUUGAAUCACCUGACUUUUUUUUCUUAAAAAUAUGUUUUUCCUUAUAACUGCCUUAUUAUUUCUUCUUCCUAUAAAACGGCACAAAUUAAUUUAGGACAGUAUGCUUACACUGAUCGAAAUUUCACUUUAGACAUUUUAAACAAACUGUACUCAAAUAAUAUAUUGUUUUAGUAAAAGAUUUAGUCAUUUUUUUGUAAAAAAAAAAAAAAAAAAGCAUAAGGAAAAAAAAUGAUACGACUUUAUUAUACUUUUUUUCCCUCAAAAUUAUAAAAACUUUUUUCUAAAAAAAAAAAAAAAGGCAACUUGUUUCCAAAACUCUAACAUUUUUUUCGCCCCCAAAAAUACAAUUUGCCUAAUAUUCCUUGGAACUAAGUGGGGUCGUGGGUGAGCUGGAGUCUAUCCCAGCUGACUUCGGGUGAGAGGCGGGGUACACCCGGGACUGAUCGUCAGCCAAUCACAGCACGCGCAUUAAACUGGUAUCUGCUAAUUUAGGUGGGCUAAAAUAAUAUAUUACUUAAUUUAAAGACAUUUUUUUUCUUUUUUGAAAUAUAUAGAAAUAUUUGUAACAAAUAAAUACAAUAUUAAAAAAUGUCGAAAAUAUAUGACCUUUGUUCUAAAAAAAUAUACAACUUUUUAAAAUCCAAAAUAUAUAACUUUGUUCGGAUAUACACCUUAAAAAAAAUUUAAAAAAACUUCUCCCCCUAAAUUACAAGCAGCCCUAAUAUUUCUGACUAAACUGCUAAAUUGUUUUAAAAAGACAAAAACAAUUAGGACUGGAUCAGAUAUGAAACAGCACAAAUAAAAUUUGCUGCCCACCUUGCUCCUUUUCUUCUUGUCCCCUCCAAAGAUCUUGCUAAAAGAAUCCAUGAGACCAGGGCUCUUCUUCUUCCUCCCAAGCCCUGAGGUGCUCGCUGUCGCCAUGCAAGUAGUGCGGAGCCCGGGUGGGGUUCGUCCUUCUUCAGACCUCUACAAGUCGUCCUCUACGAGCCUCUUCAGUGCUCACAACGCCACCACGCUCUGCUGCUGCGCUGACUUGUUUGCUGCUCUUCUGAAGGCUCUUUGAAGGUGUCGCCGUAUGAGCCCCGUUGCACCAUGGGACAUUGAACAUGGGGAGGGACAGGUGGGGUGGGGUUGUGGUUGCAGUAGUGGUGAGGUCCGUUACUGGCACGGAUCCAAGCAUUCUUUGGAGCAACAGUGGCUGUGUCAGUCGCUGCCGGCCUCCGUAUGGGCCGGACCAUUGUUCCUCUCCCAUCUGCCUCAGGCCGGCCCCGGGGUCAACAAGGCCCAUCUAUGAGGCCCAAGUUCAGCCUGAUGCAAAGGACCCUGCAGGACUGAAAGGCCCUUGUUGAUACUUAGUGGACUGUCUUUAGAUCAGAUCAUUCAAUCCUGACUUCCAUCUUCUGGUAGGACUUUCCACAAGACGUGGGAGGAUCGAUCCAAAUAUCAAUAUUCACAUCAACCAACGUUUGUAGUAUCACCCACCUCUAUUAUCCAGUACACCUCAUACCCACACCCCAAUAGAUCAUGCGAUUAUGAAUGAGUGGGAAUCCAUCCCAGCUGCACGAAAGUCGGCUAUGUGAACCACUACACUACCGAAUGGCCACGCCCUUUCCACAAGACCGCUUCUGUCUGAUUUGUCGCUUUUGGACACAUUCAUGUGACACUUAGAACGUGGGCUACGUUAUUGUUUACAUGCAAACAUACAGGAUGACACUUUCUGCAUGUGCAUGUAUUAUUUUACGUGCAUAAAUAUAAAAGUUUAAUAUUCUAUAAAUAUUAAUAUCAUAUAUAUUACAUACAUAUUUGUAUUGUAUUUAAUAAUAAUAAUGGGCACGGUGACCUAGUGGUUUUGAGGCUCUAAAUCACAGGCGUCAAACUCGAGGCCCGCGAAAGCCUGGGAAUAAUGUGUGUCAGUAAUGCACCUUUUUUCCUUCUAAAAUGUAUUUGGUCUUUCAUUUUGACAGAAAAAUUGUAACGCACGCAGCUCUUGUAAACUUUAAUGUUGUUUCAUCAUGCAACAAGCAUUUUUUUGUUGUCUAAAAUUAUGUCUGCUUGACACCUUGACAUUCUACCUUAUUAGUUAGUUAUCCAUCAAUUUGUUAGUAAAAAUAUCUCUAUAUAUUCAUAUUUAUAAUAAUAUAUAUGGACAAUUACAAUUUUGUCAUUUACUCUAAUAAUAAAGGGCACUUAAAUCAAGAUUCUAAGACAGGUUCACGUAAAAAUAUUACUUGUGCAUGAGUUAUCGUCUAUGGAUGUCAAGCUGUUUGUGUUUUAAACUUGUCGUGUUUGACACAUCAAAUUUGAGUUCUGAUUCUGGUUCUGUUCAGGAUGCAGCAGCUGUAAGACAAAGCUGGUUCUGUUCCGGGGUCAGCCGGGCUGGAGUUACACCCAAGCAGCAUCAGAAUAUUCAUAUUUUCCGAACAGAUGACUUUUUGUUUCUGACGACGCCUUCUUGUUCCUAGUUGCGAACGAUCUCUUCAAGUUUAUGGUUGAGUUUAUUUACAUCGAAGUACAUCAUUUGCACAAUUCAACAUGUCCGAAAAGGACACAGAAGAAGCACAGCUUAGUUAGUCUGAAUGAUUAUUAUUUCCAGUGCUGAAAAGAAAGUGUUUUUUUGUGACACCUCUUUUUUUUGGUGACUUGAGGUCAUCCGUCUACAGUUGCCCCUCACAAUAUCGCGGUUCGAUUAAUAUUGCAGUUUUUUUUUUUAUUACAAGUGUUAGUAGUAUUCUGGUCACGAGGCGGCCGUAAUGACAGAAAACAGUGAGAUAUUAGCAUAUAUUAUAUUAAUUUAACACUGCAUGAAGUCAGCCACGGCAUGUACGGCAUGACGGAGUGAAAAGCUUAUCCGGCCCAUUCCGUGUGGACGUGAGGGAUGGAUAACUUGCUUCAGAAUCAGAAGUCAAUAGCUUGUUGCAUCAAAUAACACUGAGAGUCAACCCAGGAAGGAGCGCGUCCUCGCUGUGCUUGCCCGCUGGGAAUUUGAAUAGAGCUCUAAUAUUUGGAUGUCAGCACUUAGCGCCAUCCCGCUCCAGUUCUGCAGUGUAGGUGACUUGAAAUCAUCCAAAGACCAAGAGUGUGAAAGGAGCUGGAGAUGGGUCCAGAGACGGCGAGGUAGAUGCCCGUGAUUGUCACGUCAACAGCGGGGGAAGUUCAUCGGCUUGCUCGGAUCUUUUCUCAAAGUCUCAUUUGGGGGUCAGUGGUGCACAAAAAGGGAGGCUUCAUGGUUGCUGAUCAAUACAUGUGUGAUUGUGUAUUCAGCAUGAGUAAUAUCUACGAGUCUGCAGAGGCCACGCUGGGCUUCAUCAGCUCUCCAUGCCUGACCAAAGUGGAGCUGAGAGUGGCCUGCCGGGGAAUCUCAGACCGAGACGCCCUCUCCAAACCCGACCCUUGCGUGGUUCUGAAGAUGCAGUCGCAUGGCCAGUGGUUUGAGGUGGACCGUACAGAGGUGAUCCGCAGCAGUAGCAGCCCAGUCUUCUCCAAAAUCUUCCUGGUGGAUUACUACUUUGAAGAGGUGCAAAGGCUUCGUUUUGAACUUCACGACAUCAGUUCGGGCAACAACGGCCUCCGUGAUGCAGACUUCCUUGGCGCCAUGGAGUGCACCUUAGGACAGAUUGUCUCACAGAGGAAACUGACUAAAGCUCUUCUCAAACAGGGAAACACUGCCGGAAAGUCUUCCAUAAUGGUGACAGCGGAGGAGCUGUCGGGUAAUGACGACUACGUUGAACUCUCCUUCAGUGCUCGUAAGCUAGACGACAAGGAUUUCUUCAGCAAGUCAGAUCCUUUCCUGGAGAUUUUCAGAAUAAAUGACGAUGGGAGCGAGUCUCUUGUGCAUAGAACGGAGACGGUCAUGAACAACCUGAGCCCCGUAUGGAAAUCAUUCAAAGUUUCCCUGAACACGCUCUGCAGUGGAGACCAUGAAAGGGAGCUAAAGUGCACAGUUUGGGACUGGGACUCUAAUGGAAAGCAUGAUUUUAUCGGGGAGUUUCAGACCACAUUUAAGGAAAUGAGGGUGGAGCAAGAGGGCAAGCAGAUUCAGUGGGAGUGCAUCAACCCUAAAUACCAGAUGAAAAAGAAGAAUUACAGAAACUCCGGCAUUGUCAUUCUCAACCACUGUAAGAUCAUCAAAAUGUAUUCCUUCUUGGAUUAUAUCAUGGGAGGCUGUCAAAUUCAGUUCACAGUGGCAAUAGACUUCACAGCCUCGAACGGGGAUCCUCGAAACAGCUGCUCCCUCCAUUACAUUCACCCCUACCAACCCAAUGAGUAUCUCAAAGCCCUUGUUGCCGUGGGGGAGAUCUGCCAAGACUAUGACAGUGAUAAAAUGUUCCCCGCAUUCGGUUUUGGAGCAUUAAUACCGCCUGACUUCAAGGUGUCACAUGAUUUUGCUGUGAACUUUGAUGAAGACAACCCUGAAUGUGCUGGGAUCCAAGGCGUGGUCGAGGCCUACCAGAAUUGCCUUCCCAAGAUUCAGCUGUACGGGCCCACCAAUAUCGCCCCAAUCAUCCAGAAAGUGGCUUCGUCCGCCUCCGAGGAGAUGCACACCAAAGAGGCCAUGGAAUAUUUCAUCCUGCUCAUCCUGACAGACGGCGUCAUCACCGACAUGGCCGACACGCGAGAGGCCAUCGUGCACGCCUCUCACCUACCCAUGUCCGUCAUCAUCGUCGGCGUGGGCAACGCCGACUUCACGGACAUGCAGAUUUUGGACGGGGAUGAUGGCAUCCUGCGUUCCCCCAAGGGCGAGCCAGUACUCCGCGACAUUGUGCAGUUCGUCCCCUUCAAGGACUUCAAGCAUGCGUCCCCAGCUGCCCUGGCGAAGAGUGUUCUGGCAGAAGUCCCAAACCAGGUGGUGGAUUACUAUAACGCCAAAGGCAUCAAACCCAAGUGUAUGUCGGACUAUGAGUCAACACGGGCCUUCAGCCCCUGACGACGGACUGACUCGAUACACAUGUUUACACUCAAAUGCGUAUGUGCAUUGCUUACCUGCACACACACAGCGUUGUGUACAUACAAUAUAAACACAUUAGUCUAGCUCAGAGACGUAGCUUGUUCUGGUGAACCGACCUGGAGCCCAUUAUGACUAUUGCAUGUUCGGCCAUGAUGACGUUAUGACUUGUAUAUCAUGCAGACGUUUAUAGAAAUGAGUCUACUAAACCAGCAUGCGGCCAACCCAAAGAAAUGACACUAUACCUUAUUUAUGGAACUAGCAAGUGCAUAGAUGACACGCAAAUAGCAAAUGUAACCUCAGAAUUGCGUUUUGCAUUUUGUAUUCAUGCCAAUAUUAGUCCCCCUGUUAGUGUUUUGCAUAAAUGCAUGCAUAAUUUUGCUAUCCAGUCCCCUGUAGAGGCUUGCUAGUUUUGAAAUAAAGUAUUUCUGUCAUUUCAAUGACACUCUGAGCUGUCUUGGUUUUUUUCUACAGAACUGUUUGAGGUUUUGCGCAGUAAAUAACUUAAUAAUUAUAACCGUUUCUUAAUAAUCUUAAAUUGUAUAGAGUUUUGCAGGGAUAGCUAAGUAUGUGUAAUAGACACUGAUGUGUGAGCUGUUUUUCCCUGUAGGAUGCAUGUUCGUUAUAAUAAAGUUACUAUGUUUUUAU